AUGGAGGACACGACGGCGACGCUGGCGACGGAGCUGGACGGGCUGCUGGCCAUGGCGAGGGAGCUGGAGGAGAGGGUGGACGGCGACCAGGGCGCGCCGGGCGCCGCCAGGGAGCUCUGCGCCGAGCUGGCCGCGUCCGUCGACCGUGCCGUGCGCCUCGCUGGGAGCGGCCCGCGCGGAGGCAAUGCCGGCGGCAGGGCGAGAGUGAACGGCCAGCACAGGGGCGGCAGGAAGGCGGGGGCGGUCAGGGCGCAGGUGCGGGUGGCGUCGAUGCAGGACCUGGGGUCGCUCGACGACGGGCUCAGCUGGCGGAAGUACGGCCAGAAGGACAUCCUCGGCGCACCGUACCCGCGGGCCUACUUCCGGUGCACGCACCGGCACUCGCAGGGCUGCCAGGCCACCAAGCAGGUGCAGCGCGCCGCCGCCGACCCGCUGCUCUUCGACGUCGUCUACCACGGCGCGCACACCUGCGCCCAGGCCACCGCUGUCCUCGUCGGCACAGAUCAGCAGCCGCCUGCUUCCUUGGGCCAGGAACAGCAGCAGCAACAGAGCUCGCCGGCUGAGGCGUCGGAAGGGAUGCAGUGGCCGGCAGAGCCCUUCACGCCGCCCUCGUUCCCCUCCUCGCCGGCCGGCUGCUACACGCCGGGGAACUCCUGGUGCCAGCUUGCCGGCAACUACGGCUACGCCGCCGGAGGCGGCCUCGGGGCUGACAUGGACUUCGACGAGCUGUUCUGGAAUAUGUAG